UUUAGUAAGGAUUCCACUGACAGGCAAUAGGCACACGAUACAGUGACAGCCCCUGGGAAGCCUGAUUGGUCUGUGUGUGCACUGAUGUUACAAGCAAAACAGAGUGGCUUCUGUGAGCUCUGAAAAUAGCAACAAGUGCUGCCCAGUUCAGCUCAGCUGUAGUCCCACUGCCCUCGUGCCUCAGCCAAAGCCCCCUUGCAGCACAAACUUCAGUGGAGCUGAGGGUCAGCUCAGCAGCAUUUUUGGGCUUCAUGAUGUUGGAAGUUUAUUUUAAGAUGUCACUUGAUUUUAUCCAGGACUCUACAUUCAGCUUUAACAGGGAAGAAACAAGAAGUGGAUAUUAAGCACUUGGUUACCCUCAUGAGUGAAUUCCUCUUGGCUUCCAGAAAAAAAGGAGUCUCAUGCAUGAUGAAGAGCUGGGAAGUGUAAACAUCCAGAAUGCAUCUAGAAGACCAUUUGAACAGAUUUUUGGAAUUUCUGCUCAAAAGAGGACUUUUGCUAUUACUGGUCCAUCUCAAAACUAUUGCUGCUUGCCCAAAGAGCUGCCAGUGCUCUGACACUAAUGGAGCCACAGUUGUUCACUGUAGCUCCAGAGAUCUGGAAGAAAUCCCCAUAGACUUCCCAAUGGACACAGUGUCCCUCAAACUGGAUGCCAAUAAGAUCCAUCAAGUGCCAAACAAUGCAUUUAAGGACCUGAAUUAUCUCCAAGAGUUGGACCUGUCUAGGAAUUCAAUUGAGAAAAUAGAGUUGGCGGCUUUUAAAGGGGUGUCAGAGGGUCUAAAGCUUUUGGAUUUAUCUGGAAAUCAGAUUCACACUAUUCCUAAGGAAGCCUUGGCUAAACUUAGAGCCAAAGUUCGGCUUUCCAAUAACCCAUGGCACUGCGAUUGCAACCUUCAAGAGAUGCUGAGGGAACUCAUAUUAGACCCAGGCACAGUAAAUGAAAUUUUCUGUCAUACAUCUGUUAGGGAGGAAUAUGUUGGGAAGCCCUUAAUCCAGGUUUUAGACUCUGGCAUAAACUUUUGCAACAUUCAUAACAAAACCACAGAUAUUGCUAUGUUUAUUACCAUGUUUGGUUGGUUUGCAAUGGUGAUAACCUAUGUAGUGUACUAUGUGAGACACAACCAAGAGGAUGCUAGGAGGCACCUGGAGUACCUCAAGUCAUUGCCCAGUACACAGAUAGCCAAAGACUUUGAUACUAUUAGCACUGUGCUUUAAAAAUGGAUAACUUCACAGGCAGUGAACAUAUAUAAAUAUAUAUAUAUUCUUCUGGAAUCUGUGUCAGUACUCUGAAAUGGGAAAAAAUUUAUAAUAGGCUAACUAUAACAGAACUAAAUAUCGAAUACAUUAUUUCUAACAUCUGUUAAUGAGUAAAAGUCGUCAAGGUUAAACUCACUGCAUUCAUAUGAUGUUAAAGAAACUAGAUUUAUAGACCUAUAAAAACAUGUUAUUCCACUUUUAAAUCUAAAUUACUUGAGUACAGGGGUGCUUCGCCAAUGAGGCGAGUUGAGGCUGUCGCCUCAGGCGGCAGCGCCCCUCU